CUAUUCUACAAUUGCGUAAGCGUGAUCGUAAGUGGUUGUAAGAGUGUGUAAGGCGUCGUUGUAAAGCGGUACUUCCGGUUGUAGAGCGUGUUGUGGAAGAUGGUUGAAUUUCAUCUUUCACGACUACAACAGAUGUGAACGUAAGAGCCAACCAAUCAGAGUGCUGUUCACGUCAUCAUGCCGCACACCGCCAUAAUUUACUGCACUCUGAUCGGUUGCUGUAAUCAAGUUUACAACGUAUCUUUACUCUAUUGUAGAUUGAUCCGUUGUAAAACAUUUAUGACUACUACUACUCCUACUCCUACAACCUUACGCUUACGCAAUUGUAGAAUAGCCUUAAUACGCAGUAUUCACAUAUUUGCAAGGUACACGAUUAUAAACACGUGUGGUGACGCUUUUGUACUUGUAUUUAGUAGAAACAUUUAGAUAAAAAUUAUUUCUUUGUUUAGAUAAAAAUGUACGCUUAUAUAAAAUUGUUAUCUGGGAAAAAUAAAGACAAAAAAAAAAUUAUUCCCACAUCUUGCAUCAAGAAUUUUAAACCAGAGUCACACAAGAAAAUUUUAAAGUAUCAAGUGGAAGAAACAGUAGGCGAAGAACCGUAUGUAGCAACGAUUUUGUUACUAUCAGAUUCAAAUGAAGAACUUAAAGAAAUAAUUAGAACAAAAAGUGUUCGUGCUUCACCAUCGUAUUUGCUUGUGACAGCUUCGGAUAAAUCUGACAACGAGGGAAAAAAACAGUUAAAGCGUUCAAAAACUUUUCAAAUGAAUCGUCAGUUAAAAGAACAAGAGGAACUAGUCUGUAAUAAAUUAUCAAAGUUUAAGAGUGAUUUAUUGCCAAUAAACGUUACAUUAAAAGAUAAGGAAAAUUUAGAUUUGUCAAACAUUACUGAUACACCGCCAUCACCCAAAAAAUAUAGAGUAACAGAAGAUUUAGCACAAACAAAAAUAAAUUCAUGCAAGAUGACAAUCUAGUCAAAGCACUAACCAAAGAAACAAACACGAGAAACGAAAAGGAGAAGUGUGGUAAUGAGUCCCCAAAAAAACAGUUAAAGCAUUCAAAAACUUUUCAGAUGAAUUGUCAAUUAAAGAACAAGAGGAACUAGUCUGUAAUAAAUUAUCAAACUUUAAGAGUGAUUUAUUGCCAAUGAACGCAGUUACAUUAAAAGAUAAGGAAAAUUUAGAUUUGUCAAACAUUACUGAUACACCGCCAUCACCCAAAAAAUAUAGAGUAACAGAAGAUUUAGCACAAACAAAAAAUAAAUUCAUGCAAGAUGACAAUCUAGUCAAAGCACUAACCGAAGAAACAAACACGAGAAACGAAAAGGAGAAGUGUGAUAAUGAGUCCCAAAAGCUGAGCAGAUCUAAAGUUAUUCCAAAGAUAACAUGUAUUAGUAAGGUUCAUUCGCUCACAGAAUGUAAAGAAGCUUUCGAAAAAUUAAUAAAGAAAAUUCUAAGUUACGAACAGAAGGGGAUGAAUUAAUAAAUGAAAACAAAAAAUUAAAGAGCUCCAGAAAGGAACUAAAAAAGCAAAUAGAA